AUGAAACGCUUCGUAGUUUUGUUAAUGACGUUGGCUGUGUUGGCAAUGGUCACUGCAUCGCCUAAGCCCCACAAGAAGAAUAAAGGAUUAUUGGGUGGAGGAGGUGGUGGUGGACUUGGUUUAGGAUUAGAUCUGGGUCUAGGAUUAGGACUUGGCGGUGGUGCUGGAAAAGAUGAUUCCAGCAGUGAAGAACAUGGCCACAAAAAACAUGGUAACCGUGGAGGUUAUGGUGGUGCUUAUGCUGGUAAUAGCGGUAAUGGCGGCUAUGGUGGUGGUUUUGGCGGUGGCCAUAGCGGUGGUCAAGGUAGUGGUUUGGGUGGAGGACAAGGCAAUGGAUUUGGUGGAGGCCAAGGCAGUGGAUUUGGCGGUGGUCAAGGCAGCGGAAUUGGAGGUGGUCAAGGCAGUGGAUUUGGAGGUGGUCAAGGUAGCGGUUUUGGCGGUGGUCAAGGCAGCGGAUUUGGUGGCGGCCAAGGUAGUGGAUAUGGCGGUGGUCAAGGCAGUGGAUUUGGUGGUGGUCAAGGUAGCGGAUAUGCCGGUGGUCAAGGUAGCGGAUUUGGUGGCGGUCAAGGUAGCGGAUUUGGUGGAGGCCAAGGUAGCGGAUUUGGCGGUGGUCAAGGUAGCGGAUUUGGCGGUGGUCAAGGUAGUGGAUUAGGUGGAGGCCAAGGUAGCGGAUUUGGCGGUGGCCAAGGUAGUGGAUAUGGAGGUGGCCAAGGUAGCGGAUUUGGCGGCGGUCAAGGUAGUGGAUUAGGUGGAGGCCAAGGAAGCGGAUAUGGAGGUGGCCAAGGAAGCGGAUUUGAAGGUGGUAAAGGCUCUGGAUUUGGCACUGGCGGCGGUUUAGGUGUUGGAAUUGGUGCAGGAUUAGGUGCUGGUGGCAGUAAAAGCUCAGGAUUUGGCACUGGUGGUGGAUUAGGAGCUGGAAUUGGUGUUGGAUUGGGUGCUGGUAUUGGAGGAGGCAAGAAAGGUGGCUAUGGUGGAAAUUCUGGUUCAUAUGCAUCAUCUAAUGCCCAAGCUUCCGCAUCUAGCAGCAGCUAUUCCCAUUGA